AUGUCCAAUUCUUCGAGCCCAUGUGGGCCUCAUGAUACAACAAUCAAUAGAUCAAAACCAGACCAAAGUUCUCCCUGUGAUAGAGAUGAUUUGGGAAAUUCGAAUAUUAAGGUCAUUUGUCGGUUUAGACCUUCCAAUGAAUUUGAGAAAUCCAAGGGCAAAACAAUCGCAGAUCCUGUUAAUGAUGCAACUGUAUUGAUAGGGAGUAGAGAGAAUAGAACAACCUAUACUUUUGAUAGGGUGUUUGAUGUCGAUUCCACACAACAAGAAAUAUACCAAUAUUCUAUAAGCCAGGCAGUUGAAGAUUUUUUAAAUGGUUAUAAUGGAACUAUUUUAGCAUAUGGUCAGACUGGAUCUGGCAAAUCAUACACUAUGAUGGGGCCUUCAAUCAGUGAUAAGGAACAACAAGGGAUCAUACCUCGAAUAUGCAACGAAAUUUUUGAUAAGAUAAAUAAUAGUUCCUCGGAUAUAGAAUAUACAGUGGGAGUGUCAUAUAUGGAGAUAUACAUGGAACAGAUCAGAGACUUGCUAGAUCCAAGAUCAGAUACAAAUAGUAAGUUCAUUAUACAGGAGGAUAAAGUGCAUGGCAUUCAUGUUAAGGGAUUGUCACAAGCAUUUGUAUCCUCAUCAAAUGAAUUAUAUAGUGUUUUGAGUCAAGGAUCGAAGGAAAGAUCUCACUCAAUAACAAAUAUGAAUAUCGAGUCUUCUAGAUCGCAUGCUAUUUUACAAAUCAACUUGUCCCAAAAGCAAUUAUUUGAUGAUACAAUCAAAAGGAGUCAUUUAUUCUUAGUAGAUUUAGCAGGAUCAGAAAAAGUUGAUAAAACAGGUGCAAUGGGUCAGACUUUAGAAGAAGCUAAAAAGAUUAAUAGUUCACUUUCUGCUCUAGGUAAUGUAAUAAACUCCUUAACAGAUGGUAAAUCAUCUCAUAUUCCAUAUAGAGAUUCAAAAUUAACAAGGAUUUUGCAGGAGUCUUUAGGAGGUAAUUCAAGAACAUCUUUAAUAAUAAACUGUUCACCUUCAUCAAUAAAUGAGCUCGAGACAUUAUCAACUUUGAGAUUUGGUUCUCGGGCAAAAAAGAUUAAAAAUAAUGCUCAUAUCAAUACAGAAUUAAGUCCAAUAUCUUUACAAUUAAAAAUUCAGUCGCUCGAGGAGACAAAUAAACAGAAUCAGGCAUAUAUUCAAAAAUUAGAAAGUGAAUUAUCACAAAGAAAGGGCAUCACACCUCACACACCCUGUAAAUCCUACGCUACUCAUUUGGGAGAAGACAAAUCACCUACAGAUUAUCCUUCUAAAAUACCAAUUGCAACACUGAAUUCUCCAAACAGGUCAAAUAAAUCCCAUCAGCUUAUUGAUGAAUUAAAAUUAAGGGAUGCUAAGAUAGCAGAGUUGGAAAAUACUGUGCUAAGUAUGAAGAUGCAAAAUUUAAAAGUAUCUCAUCAAGAAGAAUUAAAAUUAUUCAAGUUAGAAGAUACAUUGCAUAAGCUCAAUGAUAAGUUAAAUGAUGUUGAAAUAAUAAAUGUUAAUUUAAGAAAGCAUCUCUUAAUAAGCGAGAAAAUUAUUGAAUCAAGAGAUGUAAAAAUUGAGAAGUUGAAAUCUUCUUUAAUGGAGCAACAAUCUCAAGUCCUGAGAGAUGGCAUGAACUUUGAGCAAAAGCUUAGCUCAAUUAAAGAGAGAUUGGAUGCCUACGCAAAACAGAAAUCUAAUGAACAAACAGAAACUUCAGUUGCUUCCGUUAACAAUGAUGAUAGCCAUAGUACAUACAAGAACUAUAACACAAUAAGAAAUAACGAUGACCACGGAAAAUAUGCUAUUUUACAGACAGGAAGUACAAGCGGUAAACCAUCUGCUGUCUCAGUUCUGGAUGAUCCACCAACUUCACCAGUAUCACCAAAGAUAGGUUUGAACUUGAAUAUUGUCAAGCCCCUAAGAGGUGGAAGAAGCUAUUUCGACGAACAAGGCUACUUUUAA